CAGGCAGGCGUGUGUGUAAACAAUAGAGAGAGAGAGAGAGAGAGAGAGAGCGAUAGAGCGAUAGAGAAAGAGAGAAAGAUGGGAGGCCAAAGUCCGUUUAUUGGGUUGUUGUGCACCAUCUUCAAUAAGGUGAAACCUUUUAUGGCGAUGGUCUCCCUGCAAUUUGGUUAUGCUGGGAUGUAUAUCGUAACCAUGCUUUGCUUGAGGCGAGGAAUGAGUCACUACGUACUUGCCGUUUAUCGCCAUGCAGCUGCCACUCUUGCCAUCGCUCCUUUCGCUUUGUUUUUUGAAAGGAAAAUCAGGCCAAAGAUGACAGUCUCUGUCUUCCUGAAGAUAAUGGUGCUAGCCUUCCUCGAGCCGGUGCUUGAUCAAAAUCUAUACUACGUGGGGAUGAAGUCCACUUCAGCAACUUUUUCAUCUGCCAUAUUCAAUGUUCUUCCUGGCAUCACCUUUAUAAUGGCAAUCAUCUUCAGGUUGGAACAUGUAAAGAUUAAGAAGAUACACAGUCAGGCCAAAAUCAUCGGAACUAUAGUGACCUUCGCCGGAGCAAUGGCCAUGACAUUGUACAAAGGCCCCAUCCUAAACCUGGGACUGUCACGAGGCGGAGCCCAUCAUGAAGCCAGCAGCAGCGCCGCCGGUCAGCAUUGGGUUGCGGGGACACUUAUGCUUCUCGCCAGUUGCACCGGUUGGUCUUGUUUCUUCAUAUUGCAGUCCUUCACACUAAAGCAAUACCCGGCAGAGCUCUCUCUCACCUCUCUGAUAUGCUUCAUGGGCAUGGUGCAAGGUGCGGCUGUGGCACUUGUCAUGGAACGUAAGCCUGGUGCUUGGUCCCUGGGCUGGGACUCUAGGCUCCUUGCUGCCGUCUAUUCGGGAGUUGUGUGCUCAGGGAUCACAUACUAUGUGCAAGGAAUAGUGAUAAAGGAACGAGGCCCUGUUUUUGUGACAGCCUUCAACCCUCUUUGCAUGGUCAUUGUUGCAGCUUUGGGGUCCUUGAUAUUAGCAGAGCAAAUCCAUCUAGGAAGUGUUAUUGGAGCAAUUGUCAUAGUAAUCGGCCUUUAUUCUGUUGUAUGGGGCAAAAGCAAGGAUAUUGUAGCCUCGUCCCAAUUGACUAACGAGAAGGGUCAGGCCCUAGAACUACCAGUUGCUGCAACAGAUGGUGCUAAAUCAAUUAAUGGAGAUCAUAAUGGAAGUAGUGUGAUGGAGGAGAUUUCAACAAAAAUCCCUGUAGCACAGAAGUGAUCUACGUUGUUUACCUCUGCCGUUUGAGAAUUGUUGCUUUAGGAGGUUUUAAUUAAACCUUUUUAUAUGUAUGGAGAUGGACCUACUAGUCCAUGUACAAAUAUUGCUCAUCUUAGAUUUCAAGUUUCAAUGUAUGCUGAAGUUCCGUUAAUGUAUUAAUAAAUUAUUCAGUGUUUACCCCUGCA